AUGAAACUGAAGCCUGGACAUAUUUUCAAUUUUUUAUAUCUUGACAAAGUUCAUAAUUUAAUGUCAGUCAGAAAUACAACAGUGCUUUUGGAGUACUUUAAACUCUUGGAUGUUCAUGAGAGCAAUACCUUAAAUGAUGUCCAAUUUUUUCAUUUCCUUCACUGUGUCACCGACAUGAGCAAAGUACACAUAAAGACAACCUUCACUAUGUUUGAUUGGAAAGCCUCUGGGGAGAUUAGUUUUGACGAGUUUUACAUGUUGAUUUGCAUCAUAAUUGCUAAUAAGGAUAAAAUGGAGCAGCAAUUUCUUUAUCGUCACUCUCGUGCUAUCUUUGACUUAAUUGACUUAGAUGGGGGCCACACCAUCACUCCAGCAGAAUUUUAUGCCGCAGGAUUUCUCUUCAACAUCAAAGGACGUGCUUAUUUGCAGAUGUUUCGAGAUUAUAGUGGAAGUGGUGGUGAGAACCUUACGUACAAUGAAUUCAAAUUGUUUAUCAUGGCCUGCUUAGAUAAGGAAGAAAAAACUCUUGAAGAUAGAAGGAAAAAGAAACAGAAGCAACCAAUAAUAGGAUUAUUUACUGAAAGGGAUUCUCUGCUACCAUUGUAAUUGUGUCAAUUGAAACAAAACUGGCACUCUUCAAAGAAGAAUUCAAAAUACCAAACUGAUAUUGACCAAACCAUCUUAUUUGUUUCAUGGAUUUGUACUUAUUAGAUUUAAAAUAAAUAAAUUUUAAUGAGCAGUGCUUCUGGCAAAAUUCUUUCGUUUG